AUGGCUCCCAAAGUCCUCGUCGUCCUCACCUCUCAGAACGCCAUCCCCGCCAUCAACCAUCCAACAGGAUGGUACCUCCCUGAAUUCGCUCACCCCUGGAAAGUUCUGCACGAAGCCGGCGUUGACCUAACAAUCGCUUCCCCCAAGGGCGGCGAAGCACCCCUUGACCCCUCCUCCGUCGAAUUGUUCAAGUCCGACGAGAUCGCAGUCUCCUUCCACAAGAACCAGGAAUCGCUAUGGAAGAAUACCGUGCGAUUAGCAGAUAUUGUGCCGAGGGCGCAUGAGUUUGAUGCUAUUUUUUAUGUUGGUGGGCAUGGACCAAUGUUCGACCUGGUCUCAGACCCUAUAUCCCUCUCCCUGAUCCAGACCUUUGCAUCGGCCAAAAAACCCGUUUCGGCGGUCUGUCACGGUCCCAUCGUACUCGUCAACGCAACCACUCCUUCCGGCGAACCCCUCCUACGCGACGCAAAAGUAACAGGGUUCUCAAACACGGAGGAAGAUCUGGCUCAAAUGACUUCUGCGAUGCCCUUCCUAUUGGAAGAUCGCCUUAGAGCUAUCCCCGGUGCAACCUAUGUAAAAGCCAAUGAGCCAUGGGGCGUGAAGGUUGUUGUUGAUAAGACGUAUCAGCUUGGGGGAGUGUUGAUUACGGGGCAGAAUCCGGCUAGUGCUACUGGGGUUGGGAUGGAGUUAGUCAAGGCUUUGGGGUUGUAG